UUUAAUUUAUGGUUCUCAUUGAAGGAGCUGCUUCUCCUCUGCAUCCUCCUCCUCAUCCUCCUCCUCUUUUCCUCUUCGCCUGUUAUCACACAGCUCAUUAUCCUCCCUGCUUCUGGAGCGUGCAGACGCCUCUGAGCCCCUCCACACCGUGGUUUUCCUUCAGCGCUACCUGACCGGAUCCGUCUGGACAUACGAACACAACGCUAGCAUUCAAACCCGCAGGUGUUCAGGUCUACAGCAGCCACGGUCCUGCAGGGUUUACCGUUUGGAGACUAAAGAGUUUUCUUCUUUCAUUUCACACCUGGAGGCUGCAGAGCAGCAUGGACUUCACUCUCUUCUGGCUUCUCGCCACGACUCUGAUGCUGAUCCAUCAGUUUCAAGCAUCUGACAUGAGCCCUGUGGCGGAGGAGGGCCCCCUCGCGCAGCUCGCUCACACAGCCCACCGGCGAGAAAAGCGCUGCUCCUGCGAGAACCAGAAAGACAAGGAGUGUAUUUUUUUCUGUCACAUCGGCAUCGUCUGGGUCAAUACCCCGAGCCAGGUGGUGCCGUACGGAUUCGGGUCGGUGCGCCUCCGGAGGGAGCUGCAGCGCUGCUUCUGCACUGACUCACAGGACACUGAGUGUUUCAGCUUCUGCUCUGAGCACAUACAAACACUGGAGGAGGACGCUGUUGUGAAGAGGAAGACUGAGAAGAUGAAGAGCUACAGAACUGCAUUGUGGGAAAAAAGAAACCGGCACGCUCUCAAACACCAGACCUGAGACGGAGGCGCUUCACCGCUAACACCAGCUCUUCAGAACGGAAGUCCUUCAAGUAUCUAAAGCAACUCAUAUUGGACCCUUCAGUACGUGGCGGCGGUCCGGUCGUGUACAGUGACAUUUUUUGUUAAUGUGAUGAUGAUGAUGAUGUUUGAACCAGAGCUUUGAACACUGACAGGCUUUGGCUCACAAAAUGUAUGAAUAUGUGACCUUUGUGUCGACUCCAAUCCGGCUUUUAACUGUUAGAAACAGCCGAUCCGUGGAAAACCUCAAACCUGAGCAUCCAGGGAGUUUCCACAAUAAAAAGUCCACAACUUUUUAUGUUUUGUCACAUUACAACCAUAAACUUCAUUAUAUGUUUUGGUUAUUUUAUGUGACAGGGCCGUUCACCUAAACAGACUGAGCCUAGAGGGUCACGGUAUCUCUAGAGGAGCUGCAGAGAUCCACAGCUCAGGUUUCAGUGCAAAUGUUAGCUGCACACGACAGAUCUGGAAAAGAGUAGAAAAAUGUUGAAAGAAAACUGUAAAAAUCUCUUCUGGAGUUUAUAAAAAAACAGCAAAUAUAUACAGUAAGUCUCAAUAGAGCUCCAGUUAGCCACUAUAACUGCUGAGUUAGAAUGGUCUAGUUAAAGUACAAUUGAAAAUCUGUGACAAAACUUUAAAGUGUGAACAUCUAUUAAAUGUUGUUUAACUCAAGCUAUUUUUCUGGGAUGAUUUGUUCGGGUUUAGGAGACUGAAUUCAUCCAUGCCAUACUUUUAGAUUUUUAUUCUUAAAUAAUUUUCCUAACUUCACAGUUAUGCACGACUUGAUGUUGAUCCCAAUGAAAUUCAUUUUAGUUUGCAGUUGUUAUGUCACAAAAUGUAAGAAUGUUUGAAGGGCGAAAACACUUUUUAAUCUUACUCCAGCGUGUAUGGAGCAGUAAAAGGGACAAAAAUCAGACAAAUGGAAAAUCUGUGUCUUCAGUGACACAAGAUAAGAGUGAACAAGUGAAAUUCCAAUACCUGCUUUCACCUAGUAUGUAAUUAUCCCUGUAGCAUUUGCACCUUUUUCCAUCUGAUUUCUUCCUUCCACUAAACUUUCUCGGAUACAAUGCUCUGUGAACAAAAAGCUUCUUGCUUGGUGUUGCAGAUGUUGAAAUUAAAUCUGGCAGCUCACCAAGAAGAGGUUAUUUGUCUUAACAGCAGCACUUCAUGAUCCAGGAGAACAUUGUGUCCUGUUCAAUUUUUUAACAGAAAAAUGGCUCUGAAUAGUGAUUUUUAUUUUUAAUUGUAUGUCUGACUUUUGUGUCUAUUACUCCAACAUACCACAAUCAUCAACAGGGGAAAAAAAGCUUUUAGGGUCAAAAGUGAAACCGAGUGGAAACAAAUGGAAUUCAGUAUUAUAUUUUUUUGCAGUUUUUUUUAAGCUUUUCUUUGGAUUUUGGCUUUUUCUCAAUUUCAGACGAGUCUUUGUUACUAGCUACUCUUCUGAAAACAAUUUUCCUCUCAAACGUGGUUUGCGGUGUUUGACUCUAAGAUGUGAAUGAAGCUCCUUCAUGCUGGGCUCAACAGCUCUGCUCUGAAUCUCCAUUUUAACAUUCAGAAAAGCUGCUUACAUUUCAGCUUCAGCCUGACAAGGGAUUAUAAAUUACAGAUAAACUCGCUUGUUCAAAGACUAAUUGUACGAUAAUCGGGACUGUGAGGAUUUCACCUGCUGUCAGAGUUUCAAACUCAUCGUGUGAAUAUGAAUAAUAAUAAUAAUGAUAAUAAUAUAUCUGUCUGUAAAGAAAUGUUUUUGCUGCUUCGCAUAAUGUUUUGUGUAUUUUUUCCAUGAAUGCAUGCAUCAAAGCAGCAGUAACAGCUGUUUGCUGUUUCUCUGUGUUUAUAUCUGCACCUUUGCUUCUUCCUCCGACAUGUUAAAGUAUCCGUGAAGAAUAAUGCACACAGAUGGUAGAGUGUAAAAUAAAGUAUUUAUUUCAUGUCUA